CGUUACAAGCAGCAGCGCUGUUACAAGGGUACUUGUUCUAUGAGUACCCCCUGUGGCUGAAACUGAGAGAGAUGGAGGAGGGCUGGAGAGAGAGAGGCGCCAAAUUUGGGACCGUUGCUACCAGGGGCGAUUCUGAGAUAGGGGGUAGAGCAGUAGCAGCAUCAGCAGCAGCAGGAAGAACAGCAGCAGCAGCAGGAGACACAGCAGCAGCAGCAGCAGGCACAGGAGCACCAGCAUCAGGAGCAGCAUUUUAUGGAGAAUGUGCCGUGUUCCCCUGGCACUGGUACGGGUGGUGGACGCAUGAUGCUGCAGCCAUGGUGCAGCUGCCCAAGCAUGCCCACUCCCGCUGGUACAUCAUGCCCAAAGACGAAUGGCUCUCGCCUGUGCUGCCCACCAAGAAGCAACCUGCUCUGGUGCUGAUGACCUAGGUGCCUGCUUCCAGUCUUGCCCGGAUGGAAUUGCAACGCCAUUGACAGGAAACCUUUUGCUUCAAGUUAUUUACAAGUGCUCCGAAGAGGCUCGGUUGAGGAAUCUUCCCAGGAAGCUCCGUUUCUUGUUGCUGAGCUGGAGUGGGACUCACGGUAUCAGUUUCAGGAGGAGACGAAUGGUGAAAUGCGUGAUAGCGAUGGAAGUGAGGGGGCUUGAGCAUUGUGAUAGGAAGGGAGCUUGGGUUGAGGCUAGCAGGGGAUUUAUUGUUGAGAAGGGUUGGCCUGAUAGUCGAAACCAUCCUCCACAUGGAUUCGUUUGGAGAGAAGAAUGUAACAUUCCCUUUU